AGCAUACAUUGAACCUUUUCUUAACACAGUUAAAAAGCUUCCAUGUCGAUCACUGGAAUUCAGGGCAUGCCUGUUGAAGUCACUGUUGUGGCGUGUUACAAUUUGGAGGAUAAAGAGUGGAUAUCAAGACAAGAUCCAUAUGUCUCCGUUGAAUAUGGAAGGGCCAAAUAUCGAACCAAAACCUGCACUGACGGUGGCAAGAACCCUACUUUUCAAGAGAAGUUCAUUUUCACUCUCAUUGAAGGCCUCCGGGAACUCAAUAUUGUAGUUUGGAAUAGCCACACUCUCACUGCGGAUGAACAUAUUGGCACCGGAAGGGUUCCGCUACAUAAAGUACUGUCUCAAGGUUAUGAUGAUUCUUCUUGGCCUCUUCAGAGUAAAAGUGGCAGGCAUUCAGGAGAAGUUCGUGUUAUUAUACACUAUGCAUAUGCUAAUCAAGGCAACACAAAAUUAGCUCCGUCAGCGCCCAAGACAACUGCUCAGCCUUAUGGUUCAUAUCCACAAGUGCCACCAGCUCCUUAUCCUACAGCUACAGCGCCCUACGCUCCUCCCAAUCCAACAACGUAUCCACCUUCCCCAUAUCCGCCGGCCGGAUAUCCUCAACCACCGUUUUCUCCACUUCCUCCAGCCGUCUAUCCUCCGCAACCAUACCCGCCUGUUUCUCAACCCUCACCUUACUACUAUCCUCCAGGUGGUCCGAGUGGAACAUACGCGGCGCCACCAGCUGGGGUCUGGCCACCUGCUGAAAAUAUUUCUCCUGACUAA